CGAAACGUCAGCAGUCACGUGGAACCGCGUCACGUGACUGUCCUCUGUAUAGCCGCUCAUUAAAGAGGACACAAGCUGACUUCAAACAGCAGGAGCAGCCAAGGACACCAUGAACACAAUAUUCCCCUUCUUCGUGCCUCUGUUGUUCGGCUCGUUGGUCUCCAGCGGGUUCCUCGAAUAUGACCAAAAUGUCAUACUCCCGCAGGACUGGACCCAAGCAGGUCAGGUGGAUCCUUCAGAGCAGCUGGAGUUGACCUUUGCCCUGAAGCAGCAGAACGUCGACCUUCUGGAGGAAACGCUCAGACGGGUGUCGGACCCCGACUCGCCUCAGUACGGAAAACACCUGAGUCUGCAGGAAGUUUCCUCUCUGGUUCGUCCAUCUGCGCUGACCCAGAAGGUGCUGCAUCGCUGGCUGCAGACUCACGGGAUUUCAAACUGCCGGACGGUUCGCACUCAGGACUUCUUACAGUGCAGCAUGACUGCAGAGGUUGCAGAGGCUCUUCUUCCUGGAAGUAGAUUUCACCGUUACGUCAGAGACGGCCGCUCCAUCGUGAGAUCUUCCAGUCCGUAUUCAGUCCAUGAUGAGGUUCACCAACAUCUGGAUUUUGUCGGAGGCCUUCAUCGUGUCCCGCCUAAAGGGAAGGACGCUAACAGGAAGCGGCCGCGCUCCAAGGCGGGGGUUCACCUCGGCGUGACGCCAGCCGUCCUGAGAACUCGCUACAACCUGACGGCGACGGACGUGGGAUCAGCUGAGAACAACAGCCAGGCCGUCGCUCAGGUUGGGAAACCAAACAUGGAGAAGCAGCGAUCAGCUUCUAUGUACCACAAAUCUGGAACAGACUUCCAGAAAACUAAAUCUCGAAGCGAUGUUGGCAACUUUGACAAGGAGUUCACCAAGAUGGCGGUGGAGCUGACACCGACAGACAAACUCUUCAUCAUGAACCUGGACCAGAAUGAGUUCCAAGGCUUCUCCUACACCAACCCUGAAUUUGUUAUACAAGUCUGA